AUGGCUGACACAGAUAUGGUAGAGCUGACACAGAACAUUGACCACAUGGACAUCGACCAGGACAGCAAGGAGGCUUGGCCGACCUCUGGCGAGCUCAUCCUGAAAAAGAACGAUCGAGAAUGUCGUUACUGCGCGGUGAAGGGUUACCAGGUCUGGUUCGGUGAUGUGAACGGCCUGUUCAAUCACAUCAUGGCCAAACACGUCCACCCAAAGCGCGGAGACAUGGUCCGCGUUCACCUAGCCUCAUAUAUGCUGACUUCUCGUGGUCUACCACUCGUCAACUAUUCCAACCGCCACUGGAAGAAAAUGACGAAAUCCAAUUCGAAUGCGAAGAUGAAUGCUGCGGCUACGAGAUCUCACACUGCCGCUGCUUCGGCUAUCGCUUCUGAGUCGACCGCUUCUCAGAUGACCGCUUCUGAGACUACGGGCGCUCAGGGCACUACUUCUCAGGCUACGGCCUCCCAGGGUACAAACUCUCAGACUACGGCUAUGGAACUUCAGACUGCGGCUGCGGACCCUCAGACUGCGGCUACGGAACUUCAGACUACGGCUACAGACCCUCAGACUACCGGUUCUCUGGACGCGGAUGCUCAGGUGAUCGGUACUGAAACAGCUGAGGCUGGCGGCGAGCAUAAUGAUAUCCAGCAAGCUAUGAGUGACAUCAUGGCUGCGAUGAAGAAGAUCGAAAAUGACGAGAAGGCACUCGGCCUAAUUAUGCAAGAAGCUUUCUUUCAUCUGUGCCUGCAUUUCCACAACGCCAGAGACGCUCGAGUUCUCGCCGCCGACUACCUCGAUCACUGGGUUGUCUUCUUCGAGGGAUGGAUGGAGGGCUACGAGGGAACUGAUGAGGAAUAG